AUGAUCAACGUCGACUAUGAAGAGAUUUACAGGUUUGAAAAGAUGGCAGGCUCGAAGGUCUGUCCUGCGGAUGAAGCAGCCGACAUUUGGCCUCCUCACUCUGCUGCGAAAACCUCAAUGGAGUCACUCAUGUCGGGCGAUGAAAUACCAGAUCGUAGUCAAGGAACACUUCAGUUCCUGUGGGGAGGAGGCUCGGAUAGUAAGCUAGAUCCCAUUGAACACCCAGUUGGGGAUAAUCUGUUUGGACGUACCGCCAUGGAGGCUUUCGAAGAGGCCUUUUCUGAUCUCCCAUCUUCAACAAGUCGCUCUUCGGAGCCAUCGUCUACUCACUCUACCCCGGUUCUCUUAUCUGACAAAACGUUGCCGGACGUUCAACUGGGACCCGCUAUCCCAGGACCCGUUUCCCCGACAUCGCCAGAACCUCCGGAGACGGCUUCGGAAUCAAACCAUUCUGAAUAUAGCAUACCCACAGGUGCUAUGCCGCUGACGGUCGUUGCAGACUCAAUUGAGACGCAGCAGCUGGCGGAGGACAUGGAGAGCCUCCCUUCAAGAAUGGAAUCAACGAUAGUCUUUUCAGAGCCCACCGAAUCUGUGAUAUCUAUUUCCGAUGCUGUCCCAAGGACGAUUAAGAAAAAACCGGGUUUGAGAAAGAAAGUAACUUCAGUCUCUCGACAUCAUCCAGAGAUUACUGGCGGAAAGAUCAAAAAUCUUUUUGAUGUUCCACGACAACGGAAUCCUCGGAGUAAGAAAAGGCAACCGUCAUACAACGAGGAUGAUGAAGAAUUCGACGUUAAUGGCUCCUCUGCUGAAGCCUCAGGUUCGCAAUCCCUCGGGCAAUAUAAAUGCCCUUAUCAGUGGUGUGGAAAGCGCUUUACAAGGAAGAACGAUGUCAAGCGGCAUCUUCAAAAUGCUGCUGUCCACAAAGCCGAUGUGCCUCAGGACGCUUGGAGCCCGACUAGGUGCAGGAAAUGUCAUGCUGAACUUUCGCGGGUUGACGCGUGCAAGCGACACGAAGCCAGAGAUGCGUGCUGGAAGCGUACCCUUCCUUCAAAGAAGCAGCACAUAAAUCAAAGAGAAGGAAAGGCUUGAUACCCCUCAUUUCCUACAAAUUUUCAAGGCGAUGUACCAUUUUGUGUUGUUGUGUUAUUUCGUAUGUUCAGACGAGUGCUUGGGUGACGAGUUCGAUCUUUUAUUGGAUGACGACCGUGUUCGUGGCAGUGAUCGAUUUUUUGUGAAC